AUGUCUUCAGCUGAAGAAGACGAAAACGUUGUUGUUGUAGCGCCAGUCCUUUGGAUUGAAACCGACACACCUUGUCAUUCCGAGUUAUGCGGACUGUUAUCACCUACUUGCUUGUAUCCCGGCCGAAAAAGUUAUAUUCUUCUUAGAAAAGGAAUCGCAAGUCAAAAGGGUGUAGAUUAUUUUGUCUUACCAAACGUUAAUGCACCCACCACUGGGAUGAGUCUCUCUGCUAAAGACCUAUGCUACAAAGAUAGAAAAACAGACAGACUGCUUAAAUUACGAUCGUAUGAUCCAUCAAAAGAUACUCCUGUCGAAGUUCCUCAUGUCAUUUUACUUGGCAUUAAUAAAUACAUGAUAGUCGAUCUUGUUAAAACAGUUUUAGAAAAUCGCUCUGCUAUUCUAGAUAGGGUCUCAGAUAAGCUCAAACAAUACCAAGAAGGAUGUCUUGGAUUAUCUCGAAAAUUCACAAGACAGUUGUGA